GUUCGCCUGCCAGUGGCACUGUGGUCCGCUCAUGUUCGUUGGAAGAGAUCGCUCUCUUGCACUACAAAGGCAACAAUAACAACAGCUGCACUACUUAUCAGAUACCGACCCGGGACUUAAGAACACGGUACGGAAGAUGGCGUGGACAUAAAAAAAUAUUUAUCCCACAUAUUUUUCUGCGGUAGUACAUUGCGAGUUCACCAUGGGGACAGUCCAGCAUUGAUUUGCAGCAAGACGUUGACGUGCUGAAUUGGCGGAGGAGAUUCUGUGUUUAAAGUAAAGUGUAGUGCGCGCGCUAAUGAAUUCAUUUCCCUCAAUGGGUUUUUAUAUUUAGCUUUAGCGCCGAGCACCUGGCAGUACGACCGCGGCCACCGCCGUCUGUCUCGUCCGUCGUUCGCGGUUGAUAACAUUCGAAGGGGAAAAACAAAACGGUCCAAACUUGCCGUUGUUAUCGAGAAAACUCGCCCUUUUUUUUUUUUCCUCGCUGCGCUUUUUUUUUACGUGCUGAGGGGCGCCGUGGACCCGCACACUUUUUCCUGUUUAAAUAUAUAUCAGCGUUAACGGCUCGGAAUGAUGAUGGCCGGUGGAGCCGUGGAACAUAACGGGAUAUUUUCAAAUGCCAACCUUCACGAACAACCGACCCACAUGGAGUCUGAGCUGCCAGACUCACGAAAACGGUCGCUGGAAACUCCGGCUGAGGAGGCUGGUUGUACCAAACGCACCAACACAGGAGAGGAGGGUGAGUACUUCCUGAAGGUUCUGAUCCCCAGCUAUGCAGCCGGCUCUAUAAUUGGCAAGGGCGGCCAGACCAUCGUACAACUGCAGAAAGAGACGGGAGCCACCAUCAAGUUGUCCAAAUCCAAAGACUUCUACCCAGGAACAACAGAGCGUGUGUGUCUGAUACAGGGUACCGUGGAAGCUCUAAAUGGCGUCCACAACUUCAUCGCGGAGAAGGUCCGCGAGAUGCCCCAGAGUGCCCAGAAGAGUGAGCCUGUGAGCAUACUACAGCCACAGACCACCGUCAACCCCGACCGGGUUAAACAGGCUAAACUGAUAGUGCCCAAUAGCACAGCCGGGCUUAUCAUUGGCAAAGGAGGCGCGACAGUAAAGGCAGUGAUGGAACAGUCAGGGGCUUGGGUGCAGCUCUCCCAGAAGCCCGAGGGCAUCAACCUGCAGGAGCGGGUGGUCACCAUUAGCGGGGAGCCCGAGCAGAACCGCAAGGCCGUGGAAAUCAUAGUUCAGAAGAUCCAGGAGGAUCCUCAGAGCAGCAGCUGCCUCAACAUCUCCUACUCCAACAUCUCUGGCCCCGUGGCCAACUCCAACCCCACGGGCUCCCCUUACGCCAACUCCGCCGAAGUGCUGCCAAACGCAGCCGCGGCUGCCGCCACCGCCUCCAGCCUCCUGGGCCAGGCCGGCCUGACGGGAAUGGGCACGUUCCCAACGGCCAUGUCCAGUUUCUCCGGCAACGACCUGCUGGCCAUCACCUCUGCGCUAAACACCCUGGCCAGCUACGGCUACAACACCAACACCUUGGGCCUGGGCCUCAACCCGGCGGCCGCCUCCGGUGUCCUCGCCGCCGUGGCCGCCAGCGCAAACCCCGCGGCCGCGGCCGCAGCUAACCUCUUAGCCUCCUACGCUAGCGACGCCUCCGGCGGACACCCGGCGGCGGGCCUGGGCGGGUUCUCGCUGGGCUCCCUGGCCGCCGCCACCGGGGCUUCCAACGGCUACCUGAACGCCUCGUCCCCACUGAUGGCGUCCUCCCUCCUGGCCGCCGAGAAGCUGGGCGACGGUGCCAAGGACGUGGUUGAGAUCGCCGUGCCGGAGAACCUGGUGGGCGCCAUCCUGGGGAAAGGAGGGAAGACGCUGGUGGAGUACCAGGAGCUAACGGGCGCCCGCAUCCAGAUCUCCAAAAAGGGGGAGUUCAUCCCGGGCACGCGGAACCGUAAAGUUACCAUCACAGGGUCCCCGGCCGCCACGCAGGCCGCGCAGUACCUGAUCAGCCAGAGGAUCACGUACGAGCAGGGCGUGCGCGCCACCAACCCACAGAAGGUGGGCUAAAAUUGAAAAAAAAAGGAGAAGAGGAUAGAAAAGGAAUGAUGAAGGUGGAAGGAAGUCGAUAGGUUCACUGAUUGGGGGGGGGGGGGGGGCGGGGGAGGUAAGAAAAAAAGAAAAAAUAACGAAACGCCCAAAUAUCUGUUCAAUAUUUCGGUUUCAAACGAGGGAAUCGCAGAAGGAGGAGGCGGGGGGCGGGGGAGACAACCAAGAUAAAUGUGUGUGAUAUGUGAAUGUGUUUUUAGGAGUGACGUCCUGAUGUUUUUUAAAAGAGUCUGUCGAGUCCUUUUGACGACGGUGAUCAGAGUAAUGCUGAACUGGUCCACUGCCAAGCUGCAGAUUCAACGGCUGAGCCUCCAGUUUUCACCCUUCCUCCAAAACCUUAGAGCUGUUUUUAUUUUAUAUCUUUAUUUUUCUUCUUCUUUUUAUGUUUUUUCUUUUUUCUCGGGGUUUGAUUUCAGAUCUUUAGCCGUGAACCCCUAGGCUUCCGGUGAGUGGCGCGUGCCAGAUGAAAGGGCCGGUCGGCUUGUAAAGCGGGCCGGCCCACCUCGCUCUCUGUAGACAGUGGCGUUACGGCAUUGUUUACCAGGGGGACCAGGUUCCUGUGACGAGCACCUGAGGCAACCUCAGGCUAUGAGGGAGCAAUGUCGAAGUAUCAUUUAAAAGAAACAAGGAAGUCGCUAUCUAUUUUGACAUGUGUUGAAUUCUUGCUCACAGCAUAAUUGAAGUUUUCAAACGAGUUUCUUGGGGGUAUUUUAUAUUUUUUUCUUUAUUUAUUAUUGACGUGGUCUCAUUCAAACACAAAUAGAUUAUUUAAGCCUGUGAAUUCAGGUUGACCUGAAUGUAAAAACAACGUUAGCCUAUUGCUCUUUUUUUAUUUACAGGGAUCAAAUAUUGUGUUGCAGUGAACAAAAUGUAUAAUCUGAACCCAGUCUGAACUUUUACAGUUAUUGUCGUGUAUAGCGCGUAUAGUUCAGGGGUUAAAAAAAAUAACCAAUGUGAGAGGACAGAGGAGACACACAGGAAUGUAUAAAUAUAUUUUACAUGAACACACUAAGAUGAAGCUCCCACAAACGCACAAACAUUUUUCGCAUCUCCACAGCAACGGACAGAAACAAAUGUUAACCAACCCUUUCUUGGUGCUAUACCAUUGGGCAUACGAAUCUCUGUUACCAUCGACACCCAAAAUCUGAAUCUUGCGGCUUUAUAAAAAUAGGUUUGAGAGGUUUUCCAGUAAUUGGUAGUCCAUUGGAUCACUGUCAGCCGGCACCUUCAAUAAGAUAGUGAGUGAUUUGCUACUUUUUACGACUCAAAGCAAUCCAGUCUUAAUCCCAUUAAAGCAAUUUGCUCCUCAUUCCGAAUGCAAGUCAUGCAUUUCAUUUCUUUCUUGAAAAAAAUUGGUUCGCUCGAUUUUACUUGACGAUACGUUUUGCCUUAGACGCUUAAAGUUAACUCUACGGAGACGGCGUUACAGACACAAGCUUGUAGCAGCAUAGACUACACAUUUCACCCGAGGCAGGAUUCAUCCAUGACCUUUCACAAAGGGAGACGCAAAUCCCACAAAAUGCAUUCGAUCAGAAAAACAAGAGCUGUGUGAACCAGUAUCUGUGAACAAAGAAACCAUUGCCUUUACAUUAAGGGUGCCAAAUAGAACCGAGAAGUACGUAAUUGGGGAGAAAUGGAGUGAAACUUGAAAAGGUUGGGGUUCAGGUUUAAGUGAACCCCCCUCCCCCCCCCCCUCCCCAUACCCCUUAGUUGAAUUUGCAUUAAGACAGAUGGGAUGAUUCUGCAGUGGAGUCUGCAGGGGCAGCUUGUUCUCCUCUACCUUAAAACACAGAAAGGCUCACCUGAAUUGGGUGUAACCCCCAAUGUUACGUAAAUUAACCCCUUUUUUUAUUAUUAUUAAAUGGCUUUCAGAAUCCACGUUGACGGACAGUUGGCAUAUAGAGUACCCUGGCUUGCUUCCAUGCUGCUAUUAAUGGUUUUCACCUCCCCACCCCUCCCGCCCCAACCCCCCCCCCCCCCCCCCCCCCACCCCCCACCCUGAGUACACUGGGUCUGACGACUGCACUGUGAGAUGCGACGCAUGCAUCUAUGUGGCGUAUCUAUCCCUGGUGGGAUGUGAGUAUUUUGAUGUACACAUCUAUUCGACCUGAAGAAGAUGUAGGCCAACGUUCACAACACGCGUCCGUGUUGAAUGGACCGGGUAUCUUCACAAGAUCAUUUCUACGUCGACAUCUUGUGAUGUUUGUGUUUACCUAUUUUACAUUUAUUUUCUCGAUGCACUGCAGAAGGUGGCUACGCAUACUUAAAAUUCAUGAAGAUUUUAUAGAAUCUGAGAAGCGUUUGUUAACUCCCGUGAUACUUCCCUUGCAUAGGCCAGUGCUGUCUUCUCUAAAUGUAGACCUGCCUUGCUCCCCUUUAAAAAUAGGUGUUUUAAUAACGGUCCCCAUCAACUCGAGCACUAACGAAUGGCGUCCGCAUUGCACAAUGCUCUGUCGAAACCUGGAGAGCAGAACUGCUCCUCCUUGCUAAAGAAACAUCCCAACUCGUUAUUAAAGAUAUGUAAAAGCAUCCGGCCACCUCUGUAAUAGCGAUGCGUGCGGAUGACCUGCUACUGCCCGGGAAUUUUUAGGGUAUCUUGAGAUACAAGCACAAAACCAGAGGAGGUUUAUCAAUGCAAGCAGACGUGUGCGCGACUGUCGACAAUUCUUCCUCAGAGCUGUCUGAUCAAUACCUUGUGCCAAAUACUAUUAUCUCUCAACCCCCUCCUCCAUCCUCUUUCCUCUUUCUCUCAACAUUUAAUACUACCCCUGCUGUUGCCGUUCUCUACCGUUCAACAUACACACAGAUCCUCCCUUCCCCCAUUGGUCCGCUCGCCUCUCGUCCCUUCCUGUCCUCCCUUCACUCUGUUUCUCCCCCUCUUUCUCCUUCCUCCUGUCUCCUCUUCUCCCGGAUGGUCGUGUCCUACCCUGGUGGUGUACUAGGGGGGAGGAGGCGCUGAUGGGGCAUACUGACGGGGAGUUAUGCACUAAAGGUCACGAGGGUACGAAAAUGUUUUCCCAAAUGUUUGCCGUAGUGUGACACCGGGCUGAGAAUGCACAGAAAACACCUGCCCACCUCCCCCCCCCGCCUGUCAGAGCUGUGACACCCCCACACGACCACAACCAGCAGUAUUAGCUCAACCAAUCCUACUUCCUUCCAUGGGGAAGAACCAUUAGGACUUCAGAAAAGGUUUUUAUCGUGAACUGUGGCCCUUUUUUUUUUGCUAGGGCUAGGGAAGGUUCUGUUCAUUUUUCUGCCAGAAGAUGGAAAAAAAAAAACGGCGAAAUUGCGGUGGUGGUCAAUAUUCAUCUGUUGGUUGAAAACUAGAUGAGCUUUUUGGUUCAGCCUCGGAAAAAAAAAGCAGAGCCUAAACGUUUUGAAGGAACGCGUUAGAGGGUAAAGGGAAAGGUAACCUGUUUGUGACCUCAAGCUGAAAAACAAUGACAUCCUUUAUGCAUAUCCUCUAAUCUGAAAAAUGACUAGAAUUCAUUUCUGUGGAAUACAAUAUGUCAUGUCAUAUGAUCUAUAUGUACUUUAUUGUAGCUAUUCUAGUUUGUAGUCCAAAUGCAGUCCAGCGUUGUCAAUACAAUGUGAACUAUGUUAUAUUUGUGUGGAUGAUGAGAGUGCCAACUAAGCCUGAUUAAGAUUAGCUUCGCAAAAUUUGUUUGUGCAUUAUGAUGAUUCAUCAUCAACGGGUGGUGUCCAUAUUUCUGUCAUAGAUGAUUUAGUUUGACAGUAAGAAAAUGUAAAGAUAUUGGAAGCAAUAUAGUAGCAUGUCGUCCUGUUUUGUGUUUCAUGUCUGUUGUAUGAACCUUUGAAAUUAUUAAGAUUUUGAAUGAAUAGGUUUACAUGUACUUUUUGUAAGUUAUGAAAAUGCUGCUAUUUGAUAAGUAAAGUAAACUAUACAAAAUAUUUUAGCUGAAAAGAUGUCUGGUCUGUUGAUUAGAAGAAGUAUGCUCUGAGAUGCUCGGAGCAUAAAGCGAGGUGUAUAGAGAACUAUACAGUAUCGAUAAGAUAGUAAAAGUAAUAAUAGACUCCAUAGUACAACCUGUGCCAAACUAGACCUCUGCAGCUUCUGAAAAUUGUAGAUGUGCGAUCAAAUGUUAGAUAUCAAUAACUUGUUUAGAAGUGCUGAUCAAGUGCCAAUCAAACACUGUCUUUUAAGUUAAGAAAAAAAAAGAUAAUCAAAUGCAUUACUUAAGAAAACAAAAGGACAAAGAUACCUUAUUUGUGCUCUUUGUUUUUAUCCCAUAGUUACAUAGAGUAAGAGUUAACAAUGUGAUUUUUAUGGAUCCAUGUGUUUUUACACUCCAUGCAUCCUUUGUGUGUUCGUUUGACCUGUGGCUUAAGUACUGCUGUUUUCUCACAAAAAUGUCUUUAUAGGCCAGCAUGCACUAAGCAUAACAUGUUAUAAGCAUUCAUAACAUAGCCAUUAACAAUCAGCAAUGUGUUUGUGGAGUUAGGUGUUAUCUUUUUGCACGUCUUCUAUUGCAUGAUAUCCAAGUGAAUUAUUGGGGGCUGGAGAGGAAAAAAAAUUAACAAAAAUUUGCAAGGUGUCUCGUAACAUUCAAAGGCAUAACACUGCAUGCGGUCAAUUGUAAGGCACUUAAGUUUACUCACUUCAUGUUAAAAAAAUAAUAAUAAUGUUUUGUUUAUUGUUGUAAGUUGGGUGGGAACCCAUUGUUGUCAUGUUGGCCCAAGAAUCACCACACAUAAUUCUCAUCAAUAAAGUCCACCUCUCUUCACUUAAUGAGAGAAUAUCUUUAUUUAUUUAUUGUUUUUUUAUUUAUGUUUUCGGUCCAGUGAAUAGUAUAAAAAAUGUGAAACAAGCAAAGGUGAAGACGUUUUUCAGUGCAUUGGCUACACAACUCAUGUUUUGCAUUUUUACACGAUCAGGCACCGCAUGCGGUUUGUUUUAUUUCAGUUUACUUUGUUAAAUCACGUUACACCUCCCAUAACCUGUGGCAUACUAUCUUCAGAAACGAUUUUUUGUUUUACACAACAGCUUGAAAGCCCAGAUCUAUUCUAUGAAUGUACCCAUUUAUUUUUCUGUCUGAAUGUCUUUUAAUGUAAAUUCAGGGCAGGAAUGUCACAAUACAUGUAGAGUUAAUAUCUAUGUCAACGACAAGAAUUCAGCUAUAGUCAGGUAGGCCACACAAGGCCAAAAGUCAUAACCCAGAUACAUGUUCAAAACCGCUUCCGAUUCGCUGUCAACAUUAUCCUGUUUGUUUGGUGUUGCAUAAAUGCACUUUACCGAUCAAUGGGUCAUAUCCGUCUUAUGAAUAAGAUCACAAUAUUGGGUGUGAAAUGAAGAGAGAAUCCAUGCUGACUUUCAAUAGUUAAGGGAUUAUUUUGUUUGGGUUUUCGUUGCCAUUCUUUGCUCUUGCACUGGUGGUAUGUCAGCCUGUUUCUGUCCCUCGUGUUGGCUCUGGUUAAUGAUGGAAAGGGGCUGGAGAAUCUGAAUUGACCUGAAUUGUGGCACCUUUUGUUCCGCACUCGAUGUCCUCUCCCUCACAUUCCCUGUGGCAGCGGUUUGUGUCAAUCACUAAGUGAAUUCCUCUAAAAUAUGUGCAGGUGUCGUGAAUCACAGUCCAGGGGGCGGAUUACCACCACCACACCACAUUUUGUGUCCAUACAAAAAUUGGCUUUCUUUUUCCUGUUUUUCUAACAAAAUAGUAUCGAUCUUUACCAAAACAAUUCAUGGCACAUUAUGAAUUCUCAAUGUUUUGCUAAUAUAAUUGUCUGAACUGUGAGGGGAAAAACGACACCAGCAAAAUAUGUGAACUUCAAUAAAGGGUGACUUUAAAGAGUGAAAGGCUUGUUAUGAGGGUUAAUAUGAUUUUUUUCCCCCCACUUUUGUUACAGAACCCUGUCAAUUCUCAACAAUCAUAACCAGAAAUCUAAACUGAAUGCUGAUAGAUAAACAGAAGCAUUCCAACGUCUUUUUGUCAGUUAGUUUUGUCUGUGUUUUCAUUGUCAAUGUACUCUGGACAUUUACACCCCCCCUCUGCAGAGCCCUUCUUCGGGAAAGGCUCGGACCGGGAGUUUUACAAUCUCAACAACGGACUCAAGCUGUUUAAAAAAACCUUCAUUAUUCAAACUUUACAACCAAUCUGUGUCGCAUGAUACUCCGGCCACCAUAUUUGCCCUUUAAACGGAUUAAGGUGUUUCCGAGCCCGUUUGUCUGAGUAACGCAGGAUCCUCGCCAACCAGACACCAGGCCGUCUUUCUUUGAACCGCUGAACCUCCGAUGUACUUGGUUGACCUUAACAUUCACACCGACUCCUUCACCUGUUGGACAUCUUUAAGCCAACUGUAUUGUCAAACCUAGCAAGACUGUUUUUAUUUUUUUAUUUUAUUUUUAAUUUGUUUAUCUGUUGGUGCGUUUGUUCUUUCCAUCAGACAAAAAUGGACUGACAGCAUAAGAUCUAAUAGUGAAGUUUUCUUAAAGUCCACAACGUAAGCUACACUAAGGGCUUUCUCUAACAGCAUUUAAUGCCUUUUAAAAUGACAAAAUAGGAAAUAUUUAAAACGGAAAAUGCCUUUUGUUUCAAAACUGUUUUAAGUAGCGAAUAACUGUCAACACGAGUGCCAAAUAAAUCCACACUGAGCCAAAAGGCAGCCAGCUUACAUACUAAGUGUUAGAUCACUGGAAAUGGCAUGACCCUGCCCAUUUCUCGCCAUGCCCCACCCCCUGAAAAUGCCCCCCAGCCUCCCAAUUGUACGACCUUUGACCUCAUAUACCAUUGUUGUUAUGCUGCCAGUCUGUUUUUCUGUUUUUAUCAGAGAAACACAGAAUAAGCAGUAUGAAUUCUAAACACUGUUGUUUAACAAAGACAACAGCGACUACGGGGAAGGACUGAGAGGAUUUUUAAAAGUGUCACAUGUGUUUCUGUUCUUGGUUCAUUUGAGCAUCAUUCAUUAAUAGAUUUAAGGGUAAUGACUAUUUAAUGUAACUGUAGUACUGUGUUUGUAAACAAAAUUCAGUGAGUUGUGUUUUAUGACUCGUGGACUACCAGUGAAGUCAGCAUUUCAGUGUUAAUAAUUGAAUUGUUUUUUAAAGAUUAUUUUUGCGACGGCAACAAAGACUCAUUAUAAAUGUUCAUUUUAACAUCA